AUACACUUUUAUUUGAAACUUUUUAUUUAAUUCCUUUGUUUUAUUUAAAACUUUAUAAUCGAAAAUAAAUUCUUUUUUUAGUUACAAAAUGUACAGCAUUUUUGUUUAUUGCAGUCUUAUUCUUAGUGCUAGCGCAUGGGUCAGAGAUAUGGAAAAUCCGAAUUUGUAUCAAGGAGAUAUGAUAUUAUCGCCAUCUGAAAUAGAAGAAGUUCGAAAUGGAACUUUUACAUUUUCAGCACUUGGAGAUUUAAGCAAGAUGUGGCCUAAUGCUGUUGUACCUUACGUCAUAGAUUCAUCCUUAGCUAAUGAAAGAAAAGCAAAAAGUGGGAUCGAAAGUGCAAUUGCUGAUUAUCAUAAAUACACCUGCUUAAGAUUUAAAUUAAGAACAAAUGAGGCGGAAUAUAUCAGAUUUUGGCGCGGUAGCGGUUGUUCAUCGUAUGUUGGGUAUACUAAGGGGAGGAGAAAUGAUGUAUCGCUUUCUGAAGGAUGUUGGAGUAAAUCAACUGUUUUGCAUGAAGUUGGACACAGCUUAGGUUUCCAUCAUGAACAAACCCGACCUGACAGAGAUAGUUUUGUUACUAUUGUUAAAAGUAACAUAAGUCCUGGUACCUAUUUCAAUUUUGAAAAAGAAAACGCAAGAGACAUUAAUUCAUACGGUUCACCAUAUGACUAUUUAUCGAUGAUGCAUUAUUCUUGGAACGCAUUUGCUGUGAAUACAAAUUCUCCUUCUAUCAUCACUCUCAACAAAGAAUACCAAUAUCAUAUUGGACAGGACGAAGGCUUUUCUAGAUCAGACGUAAUUCAAUUAAACAAAAUGUAUAGAUGCAGUGGAAGUUAUCCAACACCUCCAGAUUACGUUGUUGUUCCAGGAUGUUAUAAUACUGGAGGUGCGUGUGCAUCAGGUGUUGCAGAAGGCAAUUGCAACAAACCGGAAUGGAAAUCUUAUAUGACACGUGCUUGUCGAAGAGCGUGUGGUUUAUGCGGUGAUGGAGGAGGACCAAAAACAGACGGGCCAGUUGUUACAUAUACGGCGGGGCCUAGGACUACACCACCUAAGACCCCAGUUCCACCAACCAUAGGAGGUGCGUGCGUUGAUAAACAUGUUAACUGCAUCCAAUUUAUAAAUGAUUGCAACCAACAUCCCGAUUAUUUUAAAAUGUACUGUCGAAAGACUUGUAAAUUCUGUUAGUUAAAAAUAAUAAUAUUAAAAAUGUAAAAAAAGAAAUAAAGAAUAAAGUUAAUCUAGAUAAA